GCCAGUUAGGCCACCAGUCCACCAUAGACAGUCGCGCGCGUCGCCGGUAUUGAACGCGCGUCCUCGCACCCACCAUUCGUUCUGUUGUCUCAAAAAUCAAUCCUGAAGUGUUCCGUGACUGUAUGAGUGGUUCCCUCAGUCAGUAAACAGUUGCGUAAACUUGUUGCGUAGGAGGUUUUCGCGCCUCAAUGUCCCUGAAUUUUGCUUGUACAAGCAAUGGCGCCAGCGCAGCAAAACGUUGUCGAUGUGUGUGAGGCAGGUGUAGCUCAAAUAAAAAUGAGACUUUUGGAUAAUAGCUUUAAAGAUUCAAGUGGCGUAAAAGUGAUCGAAAAUAAUAAUGUGAUACACAAAGAUGCUAGUGAAAAAAUGAACAGUGAUAAAGACUUCGACAUAAGCGUUUAUGAAUCUAUGGAAUUUAGGCCGCGAAUAAAAUGGCCUGAUUUAUUAGUGCAGCUGUCGUUACAUUUAGUUUCCAUGUAUGGUUUAUUUCUUAUGGUGACGAACAACGUUAGAUUCUACACGACAAUAUUUGUAUUUGCGACGAUAUUCGUGUCUGGUUUGGGCAUAACAGCGGGAGUGCACAGGCUGUGGUCACACCGAGCGUACAAAGCGACGACUCCGCUGAGAGUCAUUCUCGCCCUACUCUUCACUAUCACUGGACAGCGCGAUAUUUACACGUGGGCGCUUGACCAUCGCGUGCAUCAUAAAUAUUCGGAAUCAGUAGCAGACCCGCACGACGUGAGGCGAGGCUUCUGGUUCGCGCAUGUCGGUUGGCUGGUGCUGACCCCGCAUCCCGCUGUCGAGAACAGGAGGGCGGCUCUCCGGCUUACCUCACUGGACCUCCUCGCCGAUCCAGUAGUGAGGAUCCAAAAAAAAUACUUCAUCCCGCUCUUCGCUUUACUGAACAUAGCGUUACCUAUCUGGAUUCCUAUGUAUUACUGGAAUGAAACUCUUAUAAACAGCUUCGUAUUGAGUUUCGUUACCAGAUUUACAAUGACUCUGAAUAUAGCGUACAGCGUCAACAGUUUCGCACAUCUCUGGGGAAAUAAACCUUAUGAUAAAUUUAUCAAGCCGUCGGAAAACCCAUUAGUGAGUUUUGUCGCGCUGGGAGAAGGCUGGCACAACUACCACCACGUGUUCCCCUGGGACUACCGGACCUCCGAACUGGGUCGCUUCAACGUAUCCACAAACUUCAUCGACAUAUUCGCUAAAAUUGGAUGGGCCUAUGACUUAAAAGCUGCCACGCCAUCGAUAAUUGCGAACAGAGCUCUUCGUAGUGGAGAUGGAACUCUAGAAGAAGAACCAUAUGUACAUCCCAUUAAAUCAUAGUGACCAGUGAAACAAUACUACUAACAACAAAAAUUGUUUUUCGAAGUAGAUUAUAAUAAGUUAAGUUUAUAGGUGGGUCACUUUAAUAGGUCACAUUUGACAUACCACCGAAAUCCAACAACGUGUCAUUGU